GGAACAAUAUAUGCAAGCUUAAAUCCCAUCCAAGACUACAUUUUUUUUUUGCCAAGUUUAUGCCCUCCCCAAAUGGAGAUUCCAAAAGUCUUAAAUAUCCUUUUAAUGAUAAAAAUGAUGGUAAUAGCUUUAACUACCAUCUCCACAUCCCCUGUAGCUGGCCAGAACACCAGUGCUGUGAAGGUUGCUGUUGGUGUUAUUCUUGAUAGAGACACCAUAUCUGGAAAGAUGAGAGCUGCUUGUACAUCGUUAGCUCUAGCUGAUAUCUAUGCCAACCGCAAUCACAUUACCAGAAUUGUCCCUCACUUCAGAGAUUCCGCAUUGGAUGAUGUUGGUGCAGCAUCUGCUGCCAUAGACCUGCUGAAGAAUUUUGAAGUACAAGCCAUCCUAGGCCCUCAAGGAUCCACACAAGCAGAUUUUAUAACAGACAUAGGGAAGAAAGUGAGAGUACCCAUCAUUUCAUCAGCCACGAGUCCCUCUCUUUCAGCCAGCCAAAACCCAUACUUCAUCAGAGCAGCUUACUGCUCCUGUGCGCAGGCUAAAGCCAUUGCAGCAAUUGUUAAGGCCUUUGGUUGGAGGGAAGUCGUUUUUAUCUACGAAAACAGCAACUUUGGCAGUGGGAUCCUUCCCCAUCUGACUGAUGCCAUGAUGGAUAUCAGUGUUUCAGUAGCUGAUAGAAGCAUACUUUCUCCAUCAGCAAAUGAUGACCAGAUCAUGGAGGAGCUAAAAAAGUUAAAGUCUAAGCAGACACGUGUCUUCAUAGUCCAUUUGCAUCCAACUUUUGCUCCUCGGUUUUUUGUUAAAGUGAAAGAAGCUGGAAUGAUGAGUACUGGAUAUGUAUGGAUAAUCACGGAUGAAUUCACUAGUCUUCUGGUUUCAAUGAAACCUUCUGUUCUUGACACACUGCAGGGGGUUAUAGGAGUGAAGCCUUACGUCCCAAGUUCAGCUAAGCUGAAUAACUUCACCAUGAGAUGGAAAUCAAAGGAAUUCCGUCGACAAAAUCCAGACUUGGAUGGAAUAGAGCUCACUGUAUUUGGGCUAUGGGCAUAUGACAGCGCCGUGGCUUUAGCCAUGGCACUUGAGAAAGUAGGCACUACAAGUCUAAAAUUCAACGGAACUCUCAAUAAAAAGGAUAAUCUAACAGAUCUGGAUGCAAUUGGUACUUCACGUCUGGGGCCUUUGCUACUCAAAUCAAUGAGAAACAUCAAAUUCAGAGGACUGACUGGUGAUUUCCACAUAGUUGAUGGAGAAUUACAACCAUCUGCAUUUGAGAUUAUGAAUGUGGUAGGCAGAGAGAAAGGGAUCGGGUUCUGGACAGAGAAGUAUGGGAUUUCCAAUCAACCAAACCCAAACACUACAACUCUUUACUCUGCUAAGCAAGAUGAUCUCGGUGCCAUCUUAUGGCCAGGUCAGUCUACUGCUGUUCCUAAAGGCUGGGAGAUUCCUACAGGUGAAUCAAAGUUGAGGGUAGGAGUUCCUGUUAAAGGAGGACUGGAGCAAUUUGUGAAGGUUACAAUUGAUCCCCAGACAAAAGCUGUAAAAGCAUCUGGUUUCUGUGUAGAAGUUUUUGAAGAAGUCAUGAGGUCUAUGCCUUAUUCUGUACCAGUGGAGUAUAUACCAUUCCCAAUCCCUCUAGGUGAAAACCUUCCAAAUUACGAUGACUUCGUUGAUCAGAUCUUUUCCGGGAAACUUGAUGCAGUAGUUGGUGAUGUCACAAUUUUAGCGAAGCGGUCCAAACAUGUGGACUUCAGCUUACCAUUUACAGAGUCUGGGGUCACCACAGUCGUCCCAGUCAAGCAAGGUGACAAGAAGAAUCGAUGGAUUUUCUUGAAACCUGUGAAGAAAGAGCUUUGGGUGACGACGGCAAUGUCCUUUGUCUUCAUCGGCACCGCUAUUUGGGUACUUGAACACCAAGUAAACAAAGAGUUCCAAGGUCCACGCUACAAGCAAGUUGGAAUGAUCUUCUGGUUCUCCUUCUCAACGCUUGUUUUUGCACACAAGGAAAGGGUAAUAAGCAAUUUAUCAAAAUUCGUGAUCAUAGUAUGGGUGUUUGUUGUUCUUGUCCUGACAUCCAGCUACACAGCAAGCUUAACAUCUAUGUUAACAGUACAACAGUUGCAGCCCACUGUCACUGAUCUCAAUGAUCUGAUCAAGAAUGGGGAGUAUGUGGGAGUCCAAGAUGGUUCCUAUGUUGCUGGGAUGUUAUAUAACAUGAAGUUCGAGAGAACGAAAAUUAGGAAUUACAGCACUUUAGAAGAGUAUGAUGAAGCACUUACAAAAGGAAGUAGAAAUGGUGGAGUUGCUGCUAUUGUGGAUGAGCUGCCCUUUAUCAGGAUAUUCCUUGCAAAGUAUUGUGGGAAGUACACUAUAAUUGGUCCAACCUACAAGACUGCUGGAUUUGGAUUUGCAUUUUCGAGGGGAUCCCCAUUGGUGCCUGAUGUCUCAAGAGCACUGUUAGGUGUGACAGAGAGUGAGACUAUGAUGAGAAUAACGGAUAAAUUGUUUGGAAAAGGAACAGAAUGCUCACAGCGAGAUGGAAACUUGGCUGCUUCUGAUAGCUUGGCACUGGACAGUUUUAUAGGACUUUUCACUAUUGCUGGUGUGUCUGCUUUAUCAGCUCUUCUCAUAUUCUUCUGCUCCUUCUUAUAUCAGAGCAAGGAUAUCUUAAAAUCCGACUUCUCAAUCCAACAGAAGUUUUCUGCAUUAGCAAAAGCUUUCUAUGAAGAAAAGGAGAAACCAUCAAAGGAGUCUCAAAAUCCAGAUGAAGGCAAUGCACAGACAAUGCAAGAAUUUCAUCCACAAACUCCAGAAACCGAAAAUGCAUGUUCUCCCAAUCAAAACAUCUUCACUAGUGAAGAGGGAUUCACUACAACAGAGCCGGGAAGUCCAGUAAAUGACAGCUCCAUAACUGAGGGGUCUGCAGAAGGAUGAUGCACCAAACUGUAAAUUAGGUAAAAUUUCUUACAUUGUAAAGUUAGCUGAACAGAAAGGCUAGAAGAGAUCGGAAUUCCUGUCAAUUGUUUCAUACUUUUAUUGCUGAUUGCACCAUUAAUAGUCAAUUACACUUCCUAUAAAAUGGUAUCACCAAUUGUUUAAUGAUAUAUAUGCUUGAUGAUUACAUACUGAGCUUUGGGACAUUAAGGGCUUAAGAGGACAUGGCGUCUCUCUUUCAGAUGUUAGUCGGCGAUACAGGCAGAAGGUAGGCGACAAGCAUAAGGAUUAUAAAUUUCGCCGCUACUGCUGUGUUCCAAUAGCAACCAGACUCGAAUAUAUACCAGUAAGAAAAGCUUUUGAAUUUGAUUCCAAGCCUUUUAUUCAAAUCUCUGAAGCGGAAGUGCAAGUACUCUCAAAGUGGUUCCGAUAUGGAAUUGGAAAAUUUUCACAUCCUUUGCCAAAAACUGAUUCUAUUUGUGUUUUUCAUAACAAUAUUAAGACAGUAUUUGUGAUUUUCUUAUUAACCUUCAUUUUCAUCAAACUACAUUAAUCAAGUUCUUUUCCAAAACUAAACUAUACAUCAUAUGUACUUCUAUAUAAUUUUUUGGAUUGUUGAUACAAGGGUCACCCCUUCUCAAUUUUGUAUGUAAGUAAUAAGUUGAUUCUACUAAUUAAGGCUCUCUCUAAGCAAUGUGUGUUCUGUUAGUCUAGUGAUACAUAGUACUGAAAUACUUUAUUGAUAUGAUAAAGAACACUUAAACCUUGACAGAUGAAUUGAAUUUCCGGUUUACAAGCCACCUUAUUUUUAAAUCGAUAGUGUUGUUUGGUUAAAGUUUUAUGUUUCUGUGAAAAGGUUAUGCUUUCAUUUCAAUCAUCUCAAAUAUUUAGUUUAGGUUAUGUUUUUCUCGAACAACCUUAACUUCUAAUGUAUAUGUAACACGUCAGAUUUGGGCUCAGAGGAGUUUUUGGUUAUAUGCAAGGGUGACCAUUGAUCUGGUAAUAAAGAAUUCAUGGUUAAAAUAUUACAAAGUAAGAGAUGCUACGAGAACUAAUUAACUAGAUAGAUGCAUGGUGUUAUUUCAAGUUGACUUGGUGAUCACACAUUCACACAUCCAUAUUCCUCUGUCAAGAGUUCAAGACUACUGAUCUUGAAUUUGAAGUUUAGUGGACAAGUUUAAGAAUUUAAAUAGCCAUCGACUCAUUGAGUAUUUCUCUUAAAUUCUGUAUUGAAAUAUAAUGAUUUAUUUUGGUUGUUGUUUCCUUAAAUUGAAAAUUGACAUAUAUUUUGAUAUGGAUUCAUGACUGAAUGGGGUUAGUUUGCCCCAACAUGCAGAACA